GGUCGUGGAAAUGGCCUUAUAAUUGAGUAGUUGGAGGUAAACACGCACAGUGUUUGGCAUUUCCUUUCCCUAAAAGAAAAAGCGCUUUUCAACGCCCGACCACCACAGAGAAGAGAACACCCUUUCCCUUUCAGAUCUCGAUUCUGCCUUCUUCUCUUCCAUUUUCUCUCUUUCUCCAACCACUUUGAAAUCGCUUCUACUUCACCCACAAAAUCUCAUCAUUUUCAAUUUCAUCCCAAUUCCUCCCUGGAUCGCCUUUUUCUACUCUCCUCUUCUUCUCCAUGGCUGCUAUUCCUGCAAGAGCUCGAGCCGAUUAUGAUUAUCUCAUCAAGCUUCUCCUAAUCGGCGAUAGCGGUGUGGGUAAGAGUUGCCUUCUAUUGCGGUUCUCGGAUGGAUCUUUCACUACUAGUUUCAUCACGACCAUUGGUAUCGAUUUCAAAAUAAGGACCAUAGAGCUCGAUGGCAAGCGAAUCAAAUUGCAAAUAUGGGAUACAGCUGGUCAAGAGAGGUUUCGAACUAUUACAACUGCCUAUUAUCGUGGAGCCAUGGGUAUUUUGCUUGUGUAUGAUGUUACUGACGAGUCAUCUUUUAACAACAUCAGGAAUUGGAUUCGCAACAUUGAACAGCAUGCUUCUGACAAUGUCAACAAGAUAUUAGUGGGGAACAAAGCUGACAUGGAUGAAAGCAAAAGGGCUGUUCCAACUUCAAAGGGCCAAGCUCUAGCAGAUGAAUAUGGCAUCAAGUUUUUUGAGACGAGUGCAAAAACUAAUAUGAACGUGGAUGAGGUUUUCUUUUCAAUAGCCCGGGACAUCAAGCAAAGACUUGCAGACAAUGACUCAAAGACUGAGCCCUCGACACUGAAGAUUAACCAACCUGACCAGGGAGCAGGGUCUUCCCAAGCCGCUCAAAAAUCUGCUUGCUGCGGUUCGUAAAGGGAACUCUCUAGCUGAUACAUUUGACUGAAAUAGUUAAUUUUGUGAAUGACUUCCAUGGGUGCAUGUAUUGUUAUUAUGUAUACUCAUUGGGUGUGAAUGGUAGAUACUGCAAAUGUCGGCAAUUAAUUAUAUAUCAAUUUAUUGUUGCCGAAACCAGGAACAGCAUACUUCAUUGCUCUUAGUCGGUUCUCCUGUUCUAUUUCAGACCCUUCAAUGCAUAUAUUUCGGCAGUAA